CAAAAUUAUGACUUCAGUGUUUCGCUAAACUAAUUUCUUGUCUGUUUCUGAUCAACUGGAUAUCAAUCGAGCAGUAACUUUGGAGGACUUGACAGUGGGAGUGAUUGUAAUGCUCUGCUUGUUGAGUGGACAAAGAGACACGUUAAAACUAGGAGGCACAGGCAUGAUGGUACUCUGUGGCCAUUUACUCUUCUGCCUCAAGAGGAUAGAGUGGUUCUACCCCUAACAGAAGAGAAGAGUUGAAGGAAGCCAGAGGAGAAACAUGCAGCAGUUUGGCUAAAAAGGCUGGGAGAUCUGGAAGAAACGGAUACCAACAUUUAUUGGGAACACUUGUAUACAAGGACACUACUUUUGUGCCUCAUCUCUCAAUUCCAGCUGGCACUGAGUCUCUUCUGGGCAGAGCCGGUCACUUCCUGUGAGCCUGGUCAGUUUUGUAUGAGCCGGGCUGAUUGUGGCUGUGCCCCACUGAGGCAUGAGUGUGGGAAGGGCCCAUCACCACCACCACAGCUUCGUGUCCUGUGAAGAAGAAGGCCUGAGACUCGGUACCAUGCCUGCUGUGGGCAGCUUCGGCAAUGGCAAGAUCCACACGAGACGCAAAUACCACAGCCGGUUUGUCAGCAAGGCCGGCCAGUGCAACAUCCAUUUCUCCAACAUGGAUGAGAAGUCGCAGCGGUACAUAUCUGACAUUUUCACAACAUGUGUGGACAUCCGCUGGCGAUACAUGUUCCUGCUGUUCAGCCUGGCGUUUGUGGUGGCCUGGCUAACAUUCGGCCUGGCGUACUGGGUCAUCGGCAUCCUACACGGUGACAUGGACCAUACCGAAGGGGAGGACAACUUUGUUCCCUGUGUCACGCAGGUAAACACCUUCGUGGCAGCUUUCCUGUUCUCUAUUGAGACCCAGACGACCAUUGGUUAUGGUGCUCGUUGUGUUACGGAGGAAUGCCCGGCUGCUGUCUUCAUGGUGGUCUUUCAGUCCAUCGUUGGCUGCAUUAUCGACGCCUUCAUGAUUGGUGCCAUUAUGGCCAAGAUGGCAAGGCCCAAAAAGCGUGCAGAGACUUUACUGUUUAGCCACAAUGCAGUCAUCGCUUUGCGGGACGGGAAACUGUGCCUCAUGUUUAGGGUUGCUAAUCUUAGGAAGAGCCACAUUGUGGAAGCUCAUGUGCGAGCCCAGCUGGUCAAGCCCCGUUACACCGAGGAAGGUGAAUACAUCCCGUUGGAUCAGAUUGACAUGAACGUAGGUUAUGACAAAGGCACAGACCGCCUGUUUCUGGUUGCACCCCUCACUGUCAUACAUGAGAUCGAUGAAGAAAGCCCACUCUUUGGCAUCAGCAAGCAAGACCUCGAAUCCUCUGACUUUGAGAUAGUAAUUAUCCUAGAAGGAUUGGUGGAGGCCACCGCCAUGACGACGCAGGCACGCAGCUCUUACCUGCCCUCAGAGAUCCUCUGGGGUCACCGCUUCGAGCCUCUCAUCUUCGAGGAGAAGAGCCAGUACCGGAUAGAUUACGCCUACUUUCACAAAACCUUCGAAGUACCAUCCACCCCGAGAUGCAGCGCCAAGGACAUGGAGGAGAGAAAAUUCCCGACAUCUGGCGCCAACUCCUUCUGCUAUGAGAACGAGCUGGCCUUCAUCAGCAGGGAUGAGGAGGAGGAGGAGGAGGAGGGAGAUGUGGCGAGUAGCGAGGAAGACAAGAAGCUAGCGAAUGAGCAGGCCGCUCCUGGACGUGAUCAAAAGUCCUCCCGCAGAGAAUCAGAGAUUUAACCUGUGGAUGUUGUUUUAGUUUGUUUUUCGUAUGCAGAGCAAUGCAAGUUCUGCUUGAAGAGCCCUAUGACUGUCAUUCUGCUGACAUGAGGAUACCAGUAAAGGCAGAGGCCCAGCAGUACUGAUCUCCAGCAGACAAGCAAAGAUUGAACUCACAUUUCUCAUUGGAUUAACUCUUUUGCAUCCUUGAGAUGGUUAUGGAGCUUUAUGAAAUGCAAACAGAACUGACCCGUUUCAAUUUCCAGAUGAUCCUAGAAAUAAAGUGCACGACAAUAGCAUAGUUUUGUAUGAAUAUUUUGAGAAUUGUUUCAUAGUUUUAGUGGGACUAUACAAUUUGCAUUUGAGUGUGGAGUGACACUUUGCAGAUGAUGUUUAGAAAACUAAACCUUGGGAAUAUUUCUCCAGAUUAAUCUGGUAAAAACAAAGGUGUAGAUCAACAGUGGAUUUUCGUUUAAAUUAUAUAACUUCUGUGAACAUCAAGACUAUUCGAAAUUAGGGGAUGACUUGGUUGGCAUACAAACCACUGAUAUACACACAUAGUAUGGACUGCAUGUAACACACAUGGGACACAUGAGAAGGAGUUUGAAAUAUUUCCAUCACAAAAAACGGAAAAAACACUUGAUGGAACAUCAUCAUUUAUGCAUCAGCCGGAGGGAAACAUAUGAUUUGAGCAGAUUUUGAGUAUGUAAUUUCUUUCUCAAGAGUUAAGUGGAACUUUGACGCUUUGAGAAAACAUGAACUGAAGCAGACUUUCCAAAGCCUCACCCCCCCUUGGUUUCUGUUUCUAUACCUAUCAAAUUUUAUGUUCUCCCAUGUGCAUUUUACAACAGAGUGCUGCAGAGAUGACAUAUUUUUGUAGCCCUGGUUCCCUUGAUCUCUCCAUUGUUGUAGAUAAUAAGCUCACAAAAGUUUGUGAGAUAUACACAUUUUCUCAGUAAGAUAAUCUUCACAAAUUAACACCAUUUUUAUGAUUUUUGAAACACAAUCACCAAAAGAAAAAGCCCACAUUGGACUAUAAACGUACUGCAUCAUGGUCACACGAUGGAGUUUAAUGUCUCAGACAACCUCUGUAGUCUCAGCCCC